CCUGCAUAAUGAAGCUCAGUCCUUAAUAAAUUGUGUAUUUAACACUGCUGAAUUAUAACAUAGGCACAAGCAAACCAAACAUGUACACAACAGACUUGCACUCUCACAGAUGCACACUAGAUACACUUAAGUAACUUACAUAUUACACUACAUUAUGUAACAGGAGCAGGGCGCUGCUCUUCCCAAGCAAACAGAUAAAGGUUCUAGCAGCUAAAUAAACCUGUAUAUCACAUAAAAACAACAGUCUCACAUCACCUAUUAGUUGCAUAGCAUAGAGAAAGUAAAUACCACAUCAAUCUUAAAACAAAAUGCUACUUCAGUGAAGAAAAAAAUCCAAUUCAUAGAAGAAGAAUUCAAGUUCAUCUGCAGGUAAAGCAGUAAAAAUCUGAUGAAAUAUAUGCACAGGUUCCUUUUAACUAAUGGAGGUGAAGCCUUUUUAAUUUUGUCUGACACAUAACAUUGCAAUAAUCCCGUACCAAUUUGUUCAAGACUUUUAUACAACCGAAGAUUACAAAAUAUACAACCUGAAUAAUGUGUUCAGCACCAUGAUACCGCUUCUCUACUACUCUUAACACAAGACAAGUCUGUCUCUGCUGCCCUUCCCCCUCAUUUUCUGCUCUCCUGAACCUCAACUUAUCAGGCAAGCCGCCUCACUCUGACCCCCAACACCCAGCCCCCACUGCCACAGGGUAAAGGGGGGGGGGGUGUAACAUGUCCUGGAUAUGUGAGGUGGAAUGCAUGUGCUUAGAGGAGUUGUUGGAGAAACGCAGGAGUCUGAUAAGCCUGGUGGGUGGAGAGAAAGUGGGAUGGAUGCAGGGAGCGCAGGAGGAGGGAGGGAAGGAGAGACAACACUGUGGACUCAAUCAGAUGGGGAGGUACAAAGGGGAGGGAGAACAGACAGAAGUUUGACAUACUUAAGACAAAGACCACGGCAGUUGUGAGUUAAGUUGUUUCAGCCACCAAGGAAGGAGCGUCUCUGUUACUACUUCAUCACAACAGCAUGAAAAUUUGAUUUUGCAUGUGGAAAAGAAAACAAAGACUCACACAUAAUCAGCUCCACUGACAACUCUGGAUAGUGGAGAGAAGAAGCAGCAGGAGACCAGAACUGCAGGAAGGCAACAUACCAACAUACCACCACUAUAUAGAUAAGGCUUUAAGAGGGAACCUCUAAAAACACACCAACAUCUCUUUCAACUUCACACAAGGAAAGGAGGGGAAAAGAGACAACUAAAAAGGACUUUGUUGAAGUGUUAGCGGAGAACUUGUGUGUUGAGGACUGACUGGAGAGAGGUGGUCUUGAGAAGAAGCGAGACAAGCGGCAACAAUCUGGAGGACCAACAGCAGGAGGUGUACCGGGACCCGCAGCACAAUUUCACUAUGAGUAUGACUGGUACUCUAGAGAAGGGGGCCCACCACCAAGCCUUGGACCUGUCAGAGGAACUGCCGCCUCAUCACCACCUCCACCACCACCAUAACAACCACCACCAGCAUCUUCACCACUCCAACUCCCUGGCCUCCACCACCGCCAUGGGUGGAGGCAGAGAAACACCUUUACGUGUCGUUGUACCUCCUCCGUAUACUGCAGCUGAGAGCGGCGGAGGGGGCAGUGAAGCUCCUCUGGAGCUGCGGGGGUCCUUGGACUGCUGGGCCUGCUCGGUGCUGGUGACGGCUCAGAACCUGAUUAUUGCCACGAUCAACGCCUGCCUCGCUGGACUGGUGUUCGGGACCAUCCUGACGCCGGCCAUUGUCAUGGUGGUGUUUGGCUUCCUCUGCCACUCUACAGUCCGUCCUCACGGGACGACGCCCUACUGCUCAGACCUGCUGACUGACGGAGGCUGCGUGGCUCUGCUGGUGGUGGGCUUCCUCUUGGUCACCCCUCUGCUGGUCCUGGCGCUGGCUGCAUACUGUCGCCUAGCCCGUCACCUCCAGCUGGGCCUGUGCUUCAUCCCGUACAGCCGGGCCGUGUACAAGAACCUGCCGGCCACCCAUAACCGUGGCAUGGGCGGUGGCUGCUGUGGCGGCCGAAAUGGAGCCGAUGGUAGUGGGAAGGGAAAGGUCUGGGUGUGAGAUAAAGAUGGGAGAAAGGGUGAGAGGCGAGGAAGACCAUUAAAUGAAGAAUAUGAAGGGAACAGAAGAGAACAGGGUGGGGGGUUGCAUGGGAUGACAAAACAAUGCAAUUGAUGUACGGAAGAGAAAAGUGUAUAUCAGAAAAGGGAGGAAGUUGUAAAUGGCAAUUACUGUAAUAACCAGAUAAACAUCCUGGAAGAUAAGUUAUAUUGUUAUAAUUCAUAAAUACUGACUAAUGACUUACACCCCAUGCUUAACGUCAGAGCAACAUUAUUGAUUAUUCAGAAAAAAACAAUGUACUAAGGUAUUUUGUUUGUUGGCAUUAUUCCACUGGACACAUUGGCUGUUACUGGAAUUUUGACUGUCUUAUAACUUUCGAGUUACAACACGGUGUCAUUAAGUAUUGAGCCAUAGCUAUCCAACACGCUUGGCACACGGGAGAGGCUUCACUUGGUUGCAAUCUCCUCACUUCACCGCUAGAUCCUACACACUGGACCUUUAAGUUAAGUCAUUAUAAAGAAUAAAGCAUCUAAACAGACCUGCAUACAACCUUAACUUUCCUGAAUGAAUCAAAGAAAAUUGUAAUACUGAAAAUAGCACACCUCACAAAAGGAUGUACUGACACUAAACAUAACUAUCUUAUCACUUUUAUGUUAUUAUGAAAAAAAUAUUUGUUUUAUGUAGUUUUCUGUUAAGUUGUGGCAAUUUCUCGUGUUAUUUCCUUUUUUAUAAAUAAAGUUUUUGGAUUCAGCUGGAGUCGUGU